AUGAGAGAAGCAGGGGAUGAAGACCUUCCUUCUGAUGUCCAGGACAGGGAAAAAAGAAGAAGAUUGGCGGCGCAACUUACAGGGGAGAUGGGGCUUAUCAGGAGGGAAUUUGAAAGUACGGGAGGAAUGAAAAGCGGAGCAAGGUUUCUUUACGACUUUGAAAAGCACCUGCCUUUCAGGCAUCAGGAAAUUAGAUAUGCAAGUGUCUCUAGUAAAUCGAGGGAAGAGAAGACUGUAGACGAAUCCAGCAGAAUAAGAAUGGCAGCCGAGUACGCAGCAGAGGCUGGGGUUUUGGCGGUAAUGGAUGUUUUGAGACAUUCCAAGAAGGUUGUAUUUAGUAAAGAUUGGGAGGUUGGAUAUAGGGAGGAUAACGUUAUCGGUAUUCUGCAAAAGAUCGAAAAGAAAAGAAGAAGAAAAGGCUUGGUGAGAAGCUGUGAGGGGGCUUGGAUAGAUAAGAGAGACGUGGAAAACACAUGGAAAAGGAUGGUUGAUGCUGAGAGCAAGAGGAUGAACGCAUUAAAGCUCGUAAGCCAUGAGAUAGCACUUAUGAAAAGAAGCAGGGUGGUUUGUGUCAAUGCCUCUUUCCGAGCCUUGGAUGAGGCCAGGGCCUGGGAUCCGGAGGAUGGCAGCACAUUUGGAAUGAAUGGAGAAGAGGAGGUGGUGACUUACCGCAGGACAAAGAUUGUUAAGACGGAUCCUAGCGAGGGUGUGAGCCGCGAAAGUGUGGUUCUUCCACUAAUGAGAGACGACAAUCCCCCAACCAUACUUAAUGUCAGGACACACGACUCUCCCAAAAAGAAGGAAAGGGCAUUGGCAAAGACUCAAAUGAUUGAAAGAUAUAAGAGAUAUCUUAGGAACUUUUCAAAAAUGAAUGCUAAGCGGUCGAGCAGAAAUAGCUUUAACAUAGCGCAGACAUCUGCAUCAAGCCAUCCAACUAGCCAGCAUGUUUUUAAGAAAAUACCGAUGGAGUACCUGAGGUGUAAGAAUGCUAGGGAUAUUGUCAACUACAAAUACAAGCAUGUGGUUAUUGGCAAGGAAACCCGGAUGGCAGGAGGAGGUGAGUCGGGGUACUCACCAGAGGGCAUGCAGGACGGGCUUUCUGGAGACUUGUGCUCGAGUGGAAGCGAUGACACAAGUAUCAGAUAUACCUUUCUUAUUGAGGCAGCAUUGGGCAAGACCCCUGACUCUGGGAGGAAGGACAUUCUGGAGGCGGACAUGGAGAGGGCUUCUAUGAUGCAGAGAGACAAAAGGUACAUUUACAAAGUGCCGGCGCAAGUACCAUUGUGCGAUGGUGAUGAAGGGGGAAUGGAUACAAAUGUUCAGACGAGACCUGAAAGUACUGAAAAUGUGGAGACGGUGGGGUCCUAUAGAAGCCUCAUUGAUAGCGUUACCCAAGAGCCUAAAGAUGGUGCAGAGGACGGCAAGGAUGAGAAGGUAUAG